UUUUUUUAUCAUAGCCCCAGGAGUAAUUGUUCAUGGUAAGUGCAUAAUAAAUGUUAUUAAGCCAUGUUCAUUACCUUCUCAGUGGCCUAGUGGUGGAGUGUCUGCCCUGGGACUGGAGGAUCGGGUUCAAAUCCCAAUGGGGCCACACCAAAGACUUUAACAAUGGGACCCAAUACCUCCCUGCUUGACACUCAGCUUUAAGGGGUUGGAUUGGGGGGGUUAAACCACCAAAUAGUUCCUGAGCGUGGUCACAGCUGCAGCUCACCGUUCCCCACGUGGAUGGGUCAAAUGCGGAGAUAACUUUCACGAGCGUGUGAUGAUGACUUAUGGGACUUUAACUUUCAAAUGACCACAGCUGAUGUUGAAGCUUCAGGGAGGAGUCCGGUUGUAUCUCUCUCAGGGGUGGGUCAGAGACGAUGCUGCCUCUGCGAACGUAAAAUCACAGUAGACAGCCUGCAGCAGAAACAGAAGUGUACCAGCUUCCUACAGUCAUCAUGGAGGGAUUGUUCUCGGCUGGCCAACCAUUCCAACAAAAGCAUUCUGAAAACAGAAAGGAGGAUAAUGAUAGGAACCCAGAUGGAAAGCUGAAGAUCGAGGAUAGUUCCACAGAAGAGGGUUUAACAGACCAACACACGAUGAUGCAACAGGAGGCUCUGAGCAGGAGAAACAUCUGGGAGCCGAGUGUUUACUACGCUCUGGGAACGGAGUCUUUUCAUUUUGCAGGUCAUGACAUCAGCAUCCGCGAGUCCAUGGAUACGUACGGUGCUCUGAUCUGGCCCGGGGCUGUAGCUUUGAGUCAGUUCCUGGAGAACAACCAGCAGCAGAUCAAUCUAAUGGACAAAGCAGUGCUGGAGCUGGGAGCGGGAACUGGUUUACUCUCCAUAGUGGCCAGUUUGCUUGGAGCUUGGGUGAUGGCUACUGAUUUGCCAGACGUUUUGACUAACCUGACCUUUAACCUUCGGCGGAACACCAAGGGCCGAUCUCGCUACACCCCCCAGGUGGCUGCCCUGUCUUGGGGUCAGGACCUUGACCGUCUAUUCCCCUACCCCUCCUACCGUUACGACUACGUGCUCGCGGCUGACGUGGUCUACCACCACAACUUCCUGGAGGAGCUGCUGAAGACCAUGCAUCACUUUUGCAGGACGGGAAGUGGGACGACCUUACUAUGGGCCAACAAGAUCCGAUUCCCAUCAGAUCUGAGGUUUAUAGAGCACUUUAACAGCAGCUUUAACACCACGCUGCUCACUGAACUCCCACAGCAGGAUGUGAGGAUAUACAAGGCAACAGCAAAGGAGUGAUCCAGGGUCGUGAACUUCCUGAGACAAAGUUUUGCACCUUUUUCUAAAAGGAAUGUUUGAUUUCCUCUCCUUAGUUUCAAUAAAUAUCUGAAAUAUCUGAUAUGUGAUCUCUGCUGGGGUUUAACUGUCUGUGAAAGUAAAUAAAAACAAGCAAAUCAUCAUAAAUCUUGAUGGAAUUAUCUGAACAGAAUACACUUUUUAUUUCUAUCUUGUAAAACAGGUCAUAAGGGUGGGGUCUGUGCACCCGUAGGUCUGUGUGAACUGGCAGGACAUUCCUGGAUGGUGCCAUAAAACAUUGUUUUUCCAGAAAAAAAAGCACGUCCUGAUACAAUUCUCCUCAUGAAAAAGCGAAUUCAUUCAACAAAACAUUGCUAAAUGUUUGCUUCGUUUGAAUUAUCCAUCUUUAGUUUGAGAUUUGUAAGAAAUGAGAUGCUGUAACCUUUUGUUUAUUGUCGUCUCAGAAUGUACAGAUGAAAUCUGUUCAUGGAUGCUCCUCUUGAUUAUUCCUAAAUAAAAUGUUAAAAAAGUCAAAA